GCGUUUGCUUAUUUAAUUCCAAAUGCGUUGUAAUAAGCAACUCCUCCGUAACAUAAGCCUGAUCAAAAGCUUAACUCACCAAACUCGCUGUUACGCUCGUGACCCUUUUCCGAAUAAGGUCUCACACUACCUCUACCGUGCCAAACACAUCGAUUCCAUUCGUCUUGCGCUCCGUUCCACCCCACCGAGCUCGCUUUCCGCUGCGUUAAUCGACUGUCUGCUCGACUCUUUCGUCGUUACUCAUGCCCUCCGAUCGGCUCCAUCCGCGGACUCUGCUCUCUCCCUUGUCGAAGCCCUCGAAACGGUCCCGCAGUUUUCGCAUAACCAGAACACCCUACACUCGUUGGCUGCGGUCCUCGCCAGGUCCCGCAGAAGCGGAGAACUCAAGUCCUUGAUCAAUGCCAUCAAUGCCGGAAGGUUCGGGAACGUGCGCGUCAGCUUCAUGAAUCUCAUGCAGUGGCAUGCUGCAGCUGGGGACCUCGACUCUGUCCUGCAGGCGUGGGGCGAGUAUCGACGCGCGAGCGAUCGAGUAUGCACCGAGUCUUAUAACGUUGCCAUGCGCCUGUAUGCGCACAGGGGCAAUGAUUCGGAGGCAAUUCAGAUUUUUUACAGGAUGAUUGAUGAAGGGGCAAUUCCCAAUUGCAGAACCUACACAAUAAUGAUCGAGCACCUUGUGAAUUCAGGGAAGCUCAAUUCGGCUAUGGAGGUUUUCGGUAUUUUGCCAUUGAUGAGGAUCAAGCGCACUUUGAACCAGUAUUCUCUUUUGGUGGAAGGGUUUACUGGUGUCAAACAGUUUGAUAAAGUCCAGACUUUGCUUGAGGAAAUGAAGGUUGACGGAAUACUGCCGGGUCGAGCAAUGCGUUUGUCGUUGGAACGAAUGAAGGAGGUGGGAUUUGUACAGGAGACUCAGGAAUUUCUCGAGGAAAUGCUGCCUGACGAACGGAUCAAGACCGUAGAGUAUUGUGGUGAUGAUAACUACGACGAUGACUACGACGACAACUAUGAUGAUGGUGUCCAGGCUUCUGGAGGUGAUGGUGUUGGGGUUCGGUUGAAGCGUUGGUUAGACCCGAGAGCUUUGGCAACUGCCUUGCAAAAAUGGAGCCCGGAGGAGGUGUCGGCGUUAGAGGAUGCAAAGUUUGUGUGGACUAGUCGGUUGUUUUGCAAGAUUCUUAGGAAUUUCAAUUCGCCAGAAACGGCUUGGAAAUUCUUCUGCUGGGCUGCUUGUCAACCAGGAUUUACUCAUGAUAUUUACACAGUGCAAAGGACAAUGACUCUUUUAGCUCGCCACGGGUGUGCUGAAUUGGUUGAUGAACUCAUGUCCAAAAUAAGGAAGGAAGGCAUGAGAUUGCCCUUCUGUACCAUCCGGUUAAUCAUCGACUUCUACGGUGUCUCAAAGAAUGCUGAUGCUGCUCUGAAGGUCUUUCAUGAGCAUAGAGAUUUAUGUGGUCCAAUAUCGAAUUUCAACAUGAUGCUUUUGUAUUCCUCGCUUUUGCGGACACUGACCAAGUGUGGGAGGAAUUCAGAUGCAAUGGAUGAACUCGAAGAGAUGAUUUUGCAAGGGAUAUGCCCCGAUAUUCAGACGUUUUCAGGACUGAUGCAUCAUUUUGCGCUGAACGGGGACAUCAAAACGGUGCAGAGACUCUUUGGAAUGGUUAAGCAGAGUGGAGUUGAGCCAGAUGCGUAUAUGUAUAAAGUGCUAAUCCAAGCUUAUUGCAAGUGUGAAAGAGCUUCUCUUGCGUGGAGAGUUUUUGAAGACUUGAGGAACUUAAACUUGUUGCCGGAUGCCGCCACAAAGGAGCUGCUUGUAAAGAGUCUUUGGAAGGAAGGCAAGCGAAGAGAAGCUGCUGCUGUGGAAGAGAGUUGUGAGGAAAUAAAUGAUGUCCUCCCGCUCCGGUUGCGCGGCCACAUAUGGACAGUGAGCUCGGCGGAUCUCACUAAAGUUUACAACAUUUACUCCAACAGCUUUACACCAACUGCUGAGUAGAGCUUCAACUGGAUUUAGUAAGACAAAGCAACAUUCUGUUUUGAAUGUGAAUGCAAUCAGCAGACAUGACGUAUGAUGAAACUGCCCCACAUUUUAAACUUGAUUUCUUUA